GACAAAGACACAAGGACCCUGGACAGCUGUCACCGCCCGCACAGACGUACAGCAAACCACACCGACUGAAGAGCACGUCUCAAUUCUCGCCCAGCGCGCAACCAUCGCAUUGGCUCUCCACAUCCCCUUGACCGGUUCACCGCUUCGCACCGCUCCACGCGCAAACCGCCGUCGCAACAUUUCUCCACCCCACGCAAACGCGUCUUCGCGUCCCGUAUACGGCCUCAUCCAUCACCACGCCCACGCCUCACCAUGGAGUUCGUUCAAGACUACGUUACAUUUCUGCCGCGGCUGCUCCCGCCAUCCAUCGCGUCGCCGCUUCUCACAUUCGUCACAACCGCAUUCGGCAUCUUCCGCACGCUGCAAACACAUCUCACUCCCCUCUUUACGCGGCUUGUUACUCAGCCUGAUGCCGCAUCUAUCCUCGUCGUGGUUGCCGCGCUGUUCAUCAGCUUCAAGAUCCUCGACAUGAUGUAUCGCGCGGUGCUGUUCUGGGUCAAUCUGGUGUUCAGGUUGGUGCUGUGGGGUGGCAUAGGGUUGAUUGGGUUAUGGAUAUACAAUAGGGGCGUUGAUGGAUUUAUUCAGGAUGUGCAAGAUUUGGCGCAGACGUGGGCGGGUGAAUAUGAGAAGUACAGUGGAGAGGUCAAGAGGUUCCAGCAAGAUCAGGAAGCACAGAUCAGGCUGCAGGCGAAGCAGCAGGGCGGGCGCAGGGGAUGGCGAUAGGCAUCGCUAGGAGGGAAACGACAUGCUGGAAGAGUGUUCGAAAAUGCUAUAUUGGGAAAGAUAGGAUAUUUGAUGAAGACGACGAAUCACGGCUUACGAUUGUACAUUCUGGACAGGCGUUGGUAUACGGCAUUUGCCAUGGAGCAUAGGUAUCUUUAAAAGUUGGAGUUGUAUAUUACGGCAAGAGUAGAAUGAAGACCGUUAGUUCAAGGCCGCCGUGCACCGUUCGACUGUUACCUACGAUCAUCUGUUGAACGUCCGAACG